ACGUCAGACUAUAAAUGUACAAGUCGUGUGCCUUGAGAGACUAUUCUCCUCCUCUGCUUCGCUUGAAACAACGUUCGUCUCUGCGAUCUGAAACGUCGAAGGUGAAAGAUGGGUUGGCUAGGAGAAACCGUAGACUCAGUCAAAUCUAUUCAGAUCCGUCAGCUUCUCACUCAGGCCAUCAGCCUUGUUUGUUGUCUGAUAGGGAUGAUUGUCACAUCUUCUUUGAUCAUAUGGAAAGCUUUGAUUUGUGUCACUGGAAGUGAAUCCCCUGUCGUGGUUGUUCUCUCCGAAAGCAUGGAACCUGGUUUUCAAAGGGGUGAUAUAUUGUUCUUGCACAUGAGUAAGGACCCCAUUCGAGCUGGCGAGAUUGUUGUUUUCAAUAUUGAUGGUCGGGAUAUUCCAAUUGUCCAUCGUGUCAUUAAGGUUCACGAAAGGAAAAAUACUGGAGAAGUCGAUGUUUUGACAAAAGGUGUUGGUUUUCUUGAUUUAAAAUUAGUUUUAGUUGUUUAUCAUAUUGUUAUUAUCCAACGCCCAUUCACAUUUUCAUUUCUAAUGUUUCCAGGUGACAAUAACCCUGGAGAUGAUAGACUUCUCUAUGCUAAAGGUCAGGUUUGGCUUCAUCGACAUCAUAUAAUGGGUCGUUCUGUCGGCUUCUUGCCUUAUGUUGGAUGGGUGACUAUAAUCAUGACAGAAAAGCCUAUCAUUAAGUAUAUUCUCAUAGGUGCAUUGGGUUUACUUGUUAUUUCGUCCCGAGAUUGACUUGAGUCUUUUUGAAAAAGAAUGGACUCUGCAUGCAAGCCCUUUGGUUUAUCAUCCUCUGGUCUUUGUUGUAUCAAUGAAAGCAAACAAAUUUAAAAGACAUCAUUUUUGUUCUAGACCAAUUUAAAAUAAUACAAUAAGGAAGCUAAGUUUUAAUCGUGGAGAUUAACUUAAAA